AUGGCCCUCGGAGCCUCUUCCCACGGGGAACUGGAGUCUUUAGGUUCCGAGGGAAGCCGCGCCCGGAGCAGGCGGGCCCCGCACUCGCGGAACUUCCCGGACACUCCUGCGGCUGGCAGCGCGAUUUUCUUUCUCGUACCUUGGGGCCUUUCCCCCGGCCCGCUCCGUGAGCGGACCCUGCGCGCACAGCCCGGGCUCGGCGGAGGGGCCAAGGAGGGGCCGCUGCCCGAGGGGCUGCGCUCCCCCAGCCCAGCCGGGGGACAGAGCCUUUUGUCCCCCAGCCCUGCCCAAGCGUUUCCCUGCCGUGCGGCGGCUGCGGCGGGCGAGGCUCCCCUGGACACCCUUCCGGCCCCGGAGCGCGGCAGGGCGGGGGUUCCCGGUGAGCCGGGGCGCUGCCCCGCCGUGCUGCUGCUUCGCUCCGCGCUGCCCUCGCUGCCUCGGCGGAGUGGCCUAGGAGAUGCCUGGAAGAUGGUGAGUGCAUGGUGGCUCCUCCCAGGGAAGAUCUUGUUCCAGGGACAUGGGGUACCAGGAUGCCCUGAACCACACCCAGUGACUGAAAUAUUUUACAGCAUCUACUGGAACAUCUGGAAGUGCUCUGCUGGUACCACAGUACAUUAUUUGCCACAUAUUAGGUGAAGCUUAAAAGUUAAUCCUGUAGUUUUCACUGUGCUUGUAUGAUCAAAUAAUCAGAUUUGAAAAAUAAAAAGAGUCUAUUGUGUGAUUAGUUUUUAUGUAUACAAGUGGUGGGGGCAAUGGAGCCAGGAUGUUGUCAGGAACCCGUAGCUGACAUGGGAUGUGGCUGUGGGGGGAUGCAGGCAGUACACUCUUGGCUCUUUGCAGAGGGUCAGAUCCAGGCUGCUGCAUUUCCAAAUAACAUUUUGGAGAGAUUCAACCUUAAGCAAAUGAGAGAUUAUUGUACAGCUGGUUAUGUAGAAGGCUCUGAAGUAGCAGGGAGUCCUGUGAUGAUGUGAUAUGUCUCUCUUCAGGAUUAGGAGUUGUCUCUCUUCUUCCACCCCCUCAUUUCUUUCUUUCUCUCUCAGGGGUUAAGGCUCUGUGUAAUGUUGACAGUUACUGGAAAAGGUUCUAACAGCAGUAGAGCUGGUGAAAGACAAGACUAUUUAUAGAAAACAAUAAAGUAAAAAUAAGUGUAAGAUUAAAUAUCAGUAGCUACCAGCUGUAGCACCUUUUCUCCUCCUCCCGUUAAGUAGUAAAAUCAAAGCAUAAUUUGGAGAGGCUUCCUGCUGGAAUUGGAGAAGCUGGUUCAUUCUUAUGCCAAAGGGAAGUUGAGAUGUUCAUUUACAGGAUGGCAUUUCCUCAGCUUCUGCAGAACCAUUCCCCAGCUGGGAUUAGAAGCUCACAUGCUGUAGGAAGUGAGUUUUUUCUGCUAGGGUACGAAAUCAAGCUUUUGUUUUCUCAUGGUGAGUGGACAGCUAGAGUGUUCCCAGUGCCACCACAACUGUCUGAAGUGAUGGGAUGGACAUGCAGCAUGGUCUCCAGUACAGGAGACUUUGAAAUGACUGAGGUGCAUGAAAAUGGCUCAGUCUGCCCUGUAAUGCUCAUGUAUGAAGUGAUGUGCAGAAAAGGUUCUGGCUACACAACUAUGGAAGUGUUUCAGAUGAGUUUGUCCUAAAUCAGGAAUCUUGUUUCUCUUCAGCAAAUCAGAUGUUCAAAGUCUCAGGUUAUGCUCUGUAUUCCUCUCUUCCCAGAGCCCAGGUUAGACUCUGUUGAAUAUAAUUAAUUUUCUUUUUUUGGUGGAAAUAGUGAAAGUACUCUGCACAAAUCUUAAAAUCUGCUUUUAGUUCCCUCCACUCUCCAUCAAUUGAUUUGAUACAGAGUUUUCUUCUUUUUUCAAGAUGAAAUAACUUGUGUGGAUAUAGCUCUUUCCUUUGAAAUGAACUAAUUUCAUGAUGUGAAGUCUUUGCUGUCUUCUGAUUACAUUACAAACAGAGUUUAGCAGGUUUGGGGGUUUAUUUCUGAGGAGGGUGAGUGUACAAUGGCUACAAGUAACUGCUGAGCCUUUGGCUAGUCUCAUUUAGUUACUAUUCAAUCUCUUUUUCCUUCUGUUUUUUAUUGUUUCUAGGUAUUUAUAGUUGAUUUUUCUUGAGAAAAAUACGGAUAUCAUUAUUAUUUGUCAGCAUCUAAAUACUUUUAAGUACCAGAUUUCCCUGAAUUUACUGAAUAACCCGAGUUUAAAAAAUAAUGAGAGAGUUCUAAGUAAUAUUUCACAGGAUUUUGUUUCAGCAGAGGGAGUGUUGAUUCCAGAAGAGUUUAUGUAACUGCUGAAAAUCUGGAAAAGACUUGAAAGAGAGAGUUAAACUAUUUAAUAGUGGUCAAAUGCUGCAAACCAAAUUUACUCUUUAUAAAAUCAGAAAUGUUACCUCCUUCUGGUUCAGCAGUAAACCUACAGUGACUCAUCAGGGUGAUGUUGUGGCUUUUUCCCUUGCUAUUGUGGAGCACAGUAUUGAUCAGACUGUGAAAUAAUACAGCAGCUGAAGCUCAGGUAGCAAAUAUGCACUGGAUUGAUCUCCUUUUACUAAGCCUCCUGUAUCCAGCCUUAUUUACGGCAGAAGGAUCAAGUCUGGAAAAUAACUGAUAAAUACCACCUUGUGGCACCUGUUUAAGUGAUGGGAUAGAAAACACUCCCUAGUUUGUUAACUUUAAGUAUUGGGAGCAGAAGCGAUGUGCACAUAAUAAUAUUAUGAUUCAUACAAAGCACUUUUCAACCAACUCGAUAUAUUUCAUUACCUCCUUUCCAGCAGAAGUAUUGAUUUUUGUUUUGUGGUUUUAUAACACAAUUUCAAGGCUGUUGUAGUUUAAUGAGCCAUGUUUUUAUGAUGUUUAAAAAGAUUUGAAGCAUUUGUUGAAAUAAAUAUUAUGGA